AUGCAUGCCUCAGCUGAUGGAGGGCUAGAUACUCAAAGUGUAGAUAUUAAGCUCUUCAACAACAUUGUUGCCCAACAAAAAAGGGUUUCUGAACUGUGUGACAUAGAGCUAAUAGAAAGAAGUUUGGAGACAUUCUUGGUCGAAUAUCUAAGAAUGAUCCUAUUAUCAAGGCCAUGUGCACUAAACCAAGGAGAAUCGCUAAAGAUUCAUUUGGUUAGAAAAAAGACAGAGUAUAAAUACCCUAAAAUUAUAUUUUCUCAUGAUUUAAUCAAAUAUGGUUACACCAAAUGGAUUCAGAUUCAGGAUAUUAUUGCUAAACAUAAGGGCAUUCAUUCUCAGGAAGUGAAAUUUGGACUGCAACAACUGACCAACAAAGUCAAAAGGCUAAACUUAGUGCCUUCAGCUACUCCUUCUUAG